GGGCGGUUGCUAGGGACGCCCGCCUUCUCCAAUCAACGUUGCUCUUGUUAGAGUGUGAGCCACCCUAGCGGUUGCUGUGGCAACAGAUGGUAACAAGAUGGACACAGCAGUGCACGAAAAAGUGGAUCACAAAAAAUGCAGAGAGUGUGGACAAAGGAAAUAUUUCAAACCAGCAAGUAAAAGGCUUGAGGAACCCAUGGGGACUGUGCAUCGGAAGAUGGCCAAAGUGAUCUCCGGACUGCAGAGCAAAGUCUUGCCACCCAUGAGCCCGAAGGUGGUCACAGAGGAGGAAGUGAACCGGAUGAUGUCGCCCUCAGAAUUCCUGAAGGAGAUGUCCCUCACUACGGAGCAGAAACUGGCAAGUACACGAAUCAUAUGCCGACCACAGAUCACCGAACUCCUAGAUAUGGGAGAAACAACGCAUCAAAAGUUUUCCAGAGUUGACUUGGAUCAGGCCUUGUUCCAGCCCUUUCCAUCAGAAAUCAUAUUCCAGAACUAUUCUCCCUGUGAAGUCUAUGAAGUGCCAUUGGUUUUGAGGAACAACGACAAAAUCCCAAGGAUGGUAAAAGUUGUUGAAGAAAGCUCACCUUACUUUAAAAUCAUCAGCCCCAAAGACAUCGGCCACAAGGUAGCCCCGGGAGUGCCGUCCAUAUUCCGAAUCCUCUUCACUCCAGAGGAGAACAAGGAUUAUGCCCACAUGCUGACCUGUAUCACCGAAAGAGAGAAGUUCAUUGUGCCCGUCAAAGCUAGAGGGGCUCGAGCCAUCCUGGACUUUCCCGAUGAGCUGAAUUUUUCCACUUGCCCUGUGAAAUACAGCACCCAGAAGGUUCUGCUGGUCCGCAACAUUGGCAACAAAGACUCCAUGUUCCACCUCAAAACUCGAAGCCCUUACUCAGUAGAGCCAACGGGCGGGAUUCUUAACGUGGGGGAAUCCAUGCAACUGGAAGUGAACUUUGAGCCGCAGACUGUGGGCAAUCACAGUGGAAAACUCAUCGUGAUUUACGACACAGGGGAAAUGGUCUUUGUGUGUCUCUAUGGAGCUGCCAUAGACGUGAAUAUAAGACUAGACAAAAAUUCUUUGAUCAUGGAGAGAACCUACAUAUCGCUGUCCAACCAACGGUCUAUCACCAUCCACAACCGCACUAAUAUAAUUGCCCAUUUCCAGUGGAAGGUGUUUGCUACCCAAGAAGAAGAGGACAAAGAAAAACAUAGGGUCUGUGAUGAUCUCCACAGGGAGGAAAAGCAGGAAACCAGCAUGAUACUUGAAGACUGCAUCUUGGAUCCCUCGCUCCGAGAACGCCUGUCCAUUAUCUCCCGUACGUUUGAGAACCAGAGGAAGCUGGUUCAAGGAAACAGCAUGCUCUUUCUGGAUCACAUUUUCACGAUAGAUCCCCUGGAAGGCGAUGUCUGGCCUAACUCAACAGCUGAAAUCACUGUGUACUUUAACCCCCUAGAAGCCAGGCUCUACCAGCAGACGGUUUACUGUGACAUCUCAGGCCGAGAGAUCCGCUUGCCCCUCCGAAUCAGAGGAGAAGGAAUGGGGCCCAAGAUUCACUUCAACUUCGAAUUACUGGACAUUGGCAAAGUUUUCAUUGGAUCUGCCCACUGCUAUGAGGCGAUCCUUUCCAACAAAGGCAGCAUCGAUGCCCUCUUCAACGUCAUCCCCAAAACUUCAGCCUUGGGGGCCUGCUUUGUUUUCAAUCCUAAAGAAGGCAUCAUUGAACCGAGUGGGGUCCAAGCCGUCCAGAUCGCCUUCAGUUCCACCAGCCUGGGGCACUUCGAAGAAGAGUUCCUGAUCGAUGUCAACGGGUCCCCUGAGCCCGUGAAACUGACCAUUCGAGGCUGUGUGAUUGGACCUACAUUCCAUUUUAAUGUCCCUGCUCUGCACUUUGGGAAUGUUUCCUAUGGAUUUCCCCAUACUUUGACGUGUUCCCUCAAUAAUACGUCUUUGGUCUCCAUGACCUUCAAACUGCGUGUCCGUGGCGAUGGCGAAGGCAUGAGUAGCAUCCCAAGUUACUCUCAGGAUUCGGACAGCAAACGACGGUCAUGGAUUAAUACAGAAAUAUCCACAACAAAACCCAAAGAAUUUACCAUCACUCCCAACAGUGGCACCAUCCGUGCCCAGGGUUUUGCUGCCAUCAAGGUGACCUUGUGCUCCAACACCGUGCAGAAAUACGAGCUGGCGCUGGUGGUAGAUGUGGAGGGCAUCGGAGAGGAAGUGCUGGCGCUCUUGAUUACAGCCAGAUGUGUUGUGCCCAAGCUCCAGUUGAUGACUACAGAGGUGGACUUCGGGCGCUGCUUCCUGAAGUACCCAUACGAGAAGACCAUCCAGCUUGUCAACCAUGAUGACCUUCCUGGGUGCUAUAAGGUCCUGCCUCAGAUAUAUGAGACUUCACCCACCAUGCUGCUUUCUAGCCCCUCCCCCUGUGGAGUCAUCUCCCCCCACAGCACUGUAAACAUACCACUAGCGUUGGAGACCCAGGUCACUGGUGCACACAGAUCCACGGUUUACAUCUCAGUCUUCGGGAGCCAGGAAGCCCCUCUGGCAUGUCACGUACAGAGUAUUGGAGAAGGGCCCGUUAUCUUCAUACACCCCACUCAGAUCGACUUCGGCAAUAUCUACGUCCUGAAGGACACGUCCAGAAUUCUCCAGCUCUCUAACCAGUCCUUCAUCCCUGCAGAAUUCCGGGCUCGCCUGGCAAACAAAAAGUCCCUUUGGACGGUUAAACCCAGUGAGGGCUCAGUUCCUGCAGAAGAUGACAUCCCACUGACGCUGACUGCCAACCUGAAUGACAUAGUGACGUUCAAAGACACGGUCAUCCUGGAGAUUAAGCACAGUAACACCUACCGGAUCCCCAUCCAGGCCACUGGGAUUGGUUCGACCAUUGUUUCCGACAAACCGUUUGCUCCAGAACUCAACUUGGGAUCGCAUUUUAGCCUGGAUACCCACUAUUACCGCUUCAAGCUGACCAACAAAGGACGGCGGGUCCAGCAACUGUUCUGGAUGAAUGACGACUUCAACCCCAAAGAAAAGCAGAGUAAGAAGGGCUCUACUGGUAGUAGCCGUCGCCAGUCCAAGGUCUCCCAGGAAUCCACAGAUAGCGGGAACCCCGUGUUUCAACUCCACCCUGUCAGGAUGGAGUUGUACCCAGGGCAGACAAUCGACGUGAUACUCGAAGGCUAUUCCGCCACGCCCAAGAAAGUCAAAGAAAAGCUGGUGUGCCAGGCCAUCGUCGGAGCCCAGAAGGGGAAAAGCUUGUUGAUGUCUGUGACCAUCAUCUGCGAGUUUAUAGCUCCAGUGAUCCAGCUAUCCACCAGGCAGCUCAUAUAUCGGCUGGAAAAGAAGCCUAACAUGGUCCUGGAGCCUGACUACCAGCCCCUGGUGAUAAAGAAUGUGACCACCCUGCCUGUGAGGAUGCUGCUCUCCACCUCCGGGCCCUUCUUCAUCUGUGAAACUGAUAAAUCCCUGCUGCCUGCAACUCCGAAGCCCAUAAAACUGGAGGUUGAUGAGGAGAAAAACUUCCUGGUCAAGUUUGAUCCGUCCUACAGACACGACCUGAACAACUGGGUUGCAGAAGAGGUUCUAUCCAUUAAGUACACGGAACACCCUCAGGUGGACAACCUGAGCUUGCGUGGAGAAGUGCAUUACCCCAACCUCUGUUUUGAGGUGAUGGAGGUGGAUUUCGGCUGCAUCCUGAAUGAUACCGAGGUCAUUCGCUACAUCAUGAUCACCAAUUGCAGCCCCUUGGUUGUGAAAUUCCGCUGGUUCUUCCUGGUGGAUGAUGAGGAAAAUCAGAUCAGGUUUGCACCAUGUAUGAAGCCCUACAGCGCCUUCUUGUCCCAGAUGGAGUCCAUCCCAGCAACGUCAGUCACCGCUAGCUCUCUGGCGGCCCCACCGAUGCCAGAGUACACUGAGAUGGACUUCAGUGAUUCUAUCAAGACCAUCCUUAUGGACGACGAAGCUGGACCUGAAGAAACCAAAAAGCCCAUGACGUCCGCUAUGGUCUCAGAAGCAAUAAAAUACAGCUCCGCGGGAACAGAAAGAAGCCAGAGCCAGCCGGACUACCCAGAAUGCCUGUGGGUCUAUGACCCGGAUGAGAUGCUUUCUAUUGGGAUAGAAGAAGUCUUCGACAUUUUGCCCCUCUACGGAGUUCUGCGGCCCUACAGCAACCAUCAAAUAUCGUUUACCUUCUACGGACACUGUGACAUCGUCGCCCGGGCCAAAGCUCUGUGUGAAGUGGAAGGAGGGCCCACCUAUGAAAUAAUCCUGAAGGGGGAGGCGUCCCUGGUCAACUACUCCUUUGACACGAAGGACAUUAACUAUGGAUUGCAGCUGUUUGACCAUAUCACAGAACGUGAAAUCACACUGAAAAACAUCGGGAAAGUUGGCUUUGAGUUCAAAGUUCUGACUAAUUACCGGUCUUCCCCAAGGAACCUUCUCCCUGGAAUGCCACUUAUCCUGCCUCUGUCGGGUUUUAUCCAGUCGAAUAAGGAGCAGGUGCUGAAAGUUUACUACUUGCCUGGAAUACCAGAAGUCUUCCAAAGAAACUUCCAGAUACAAAUCGCCCACCUGGUCCCAGAAAACAUCACUCUGUACGGAGAGGGCAUCUUCCCACGAAUCAGCCUUGACCUACACAGGAACCUCCGAGGCAAUGAAAAGUACCAACACUUCUUAGAACAAGCGAAGAAAAACAUAGAAAAAGAGUACAGUAAAUACGAGACUGUCAAUCACUAUGAGGUGAUUACAGAGGAAAUCCCCGAGGAGGAGACCGCAGAGUUAAGUGCUCAUCUCCAGAUGGAGGUAGAACGACUUAUAGUCCAAGACUACGCCCUGGAACACCAGAGAGGCAUCUCCUCCAGUACCACAGAGGACACCUACUUCAGCCACCGGAGCUGCCGCAAACUAGCCAAAGUCCAGCUGCCAGAGUACAUCCUGGACUUUGGCUACAUUGUGCUUGGUGACGUCCGAACCCACAUCAUCAAGAUCACCAACACCAGUCACUUUCCUGUGUCCUUCCAUGCAGAAAAGCAUGUCCUUCAUGAAACAGGCUUCAGCACUGAGCUAGACCGUGUAAAGAACCUACCUUACUGUGAGACAGAAACAUUCGAAGUGAGAUGUGACCCACAAGGGGCUAAUCUUUCUGUGGGCAACAAAGAAGUCAUUCUCCCCAUCAAGGUGUCUGGAGGGCCAACCAUUCACAUCUGCCUCCAAGCCACUGUGACCAUUCCAAGUAUGACCCUGUCGUGCAACAAAAUAGAAUUUGCUACAAUCCAGUGUGGGCAGUGCAUGGUAGAAACCAUUCAGCUUUCCAACCAUCUCCAAGUCCCUUGUGAAUGGUUUGUCUACACCCCGAAGUCUACUAACAAGAUGGAUAAACACAUACCAAAGUAUUUAAGGCGAAAGCUGCGAGCUGAGAUGACGCCCAAGUCUCGGAUCUUUGAGAUCCAACCCACUUCCGGAGUCUUGGAUCCUGACGAGAGGGCCAACGUGCAAGUGAAAUUCAUGCCUAAAGAAGAGAAAUUCUACAGCCAAUCUCUGAUGUUCCAGAUUGGCCAGAGCAAUCAGAAGCUUACUCUUCUAGCGCAGGGUCAAGGUCUGGAGCCACGCCUGGAAUUCAGCCCUUCAGUUCUGGAACUGGGGCCCCUCCUGCCUUAUGCAUCAGGAGAUGAGGCCGAGGUGAUUGUGAGGAACCCUUGCAGCUUCCCCAUUGAGUUUUACUCUCUAGAAUUUGACCAGCAGUAUCUCUUAGAAGAAAAGAUGCUGCGGCAGCUGAAAGGCUAUGACUCCUACAACACUUUGCUGCUGCCUCCCCGGAACCCGGGGGAGAAGCUGCCCCAGGAAGUCUACGAUUACUUUAAGGAGGUAAAGAAAUCAAAAGAGGAGCACAUGAAGGCCAAGUACCUGGAGAACCUGGCGCAGGAGAAUGCAGAAGAGGAAGAAAUGAACACAUCUGACCAAGGAACCGCCAGCACAAAGAGGACAUCACUUAGCCGAGGGAUCUCUGUCACAUCCAACAUGGAAGAGCGGCAUCUUCCGACUGAAGCCAAGAACUACCCAGAUGAGGACGACUAUGAAGAAAGCCUGGAGAAACUAACGUUUCAAACCGACAAGAUGCAGAGCACAGACAGCCACUCCGUGGAGGAGGUUGGAGAAGUGGAGAGCAACCCAGUGAGCAAAGCAAUAGCGCGCCACCUGGGCAUCGACAUUUCUGCAGAAGGCCGCCUGGCCAAGAACCGGAAAGGAAUCGCCAUUAUCGUCUACGGGACGCCGGUGUCAGGAAAGACAGCCAAUGCCAUCAGCAUGGCCAAGUUCUACAACACAGCCUGCCUGAACAUUGACUCCAUUGUCUUAGAAGCCCUGUCAGACUCUAACAACGUCCUUGGGAUACGGGCCCGGGAACUGUGCAUCCGAGCUGCCAUAGAGCAGUCCAUGAGGGAAGCCGAGGAGUCAGCCCAGGAGUCUUCAGUGACUCAAAACCUUGGGGCACCAGCACGACUAAGCACUGAGAACUUGGGCAGGUUUACCUCCGAUCUCACUCUACUGACCCAGGAAUACAAAAUCCCGAAGAGCAUGCGUGGGAGCGUGAUGCUCUCCAAAGGCAAGACGGAAAGCCACUGGUCUGGGUCUCAGAAGCAGCAGGGGCAGCAGCAGCAGCAGCAGCAGCAGCAACAACCACAACAGCAGCAACAGCCACAACAGCAGCAACAGCAGCAACAUCAUCAGCACCAAUCUGAAACACCGCAGAUCUCCUCCAGCCCUCUCCUCGGCGGCCCCACCCAGCGGCGGCUCAGCGUCAGCGCCAGUAUCGGAGGGGAGACUGGGCUGAUGAGCUGUGUGCUCCCAGAUGACCUUCUCAUUCAGAUCCUGGCUGAGCGGAUACAGCUGAGCGACUGUUUCAGAGGUGUGGUGUUCGAUGGCCUAGACACGCUCUUUGCACGGAACGCACCUUCUGCCCUCAUCUGCCUGCUAAAGGCCAUCGGUAGCCGGGAGCACAUAUAUGUCAUCAACAUGUCUCAGGAUUAUGUGGCCAUGAAAGCCCAGGAGAAAGCUAAAAAGGAGCUAGAAGAGACCAAACGCCAGGAAGCUCUUGCGAAGGAGAAGGAGCGUCUCCAGACACUUGAUGAGGAAGAGUAUGAUGCCCUAACAGCAGAACAGAAAAUUGCAUUUGACCGCGAGGUUCGGCAGGCACUCCGGGAGAGAAAGAAGAGGGAGCUAGAAAGACUCGCCAGGGAGAUGCAUGAAAAGAAGCUGCAGCAGGAGUUGGAGAGGCAGAAGGAGGAGGACGAGCUAAAACGGAAGGUCAAAAGACCUAAACCGGGCCCUGUGGCAAAGGAGGAGCCACCCCUAAAGAAGUCACAAGGACCCACAAACAAGCAGCUUCCCUCUGUCGCCAAAUUAGAAAUGAAGAUGGAGUCAAUCGAAAGGAAAGUUUCUGUCAGAGAGCAUGGAUUACUUGAAGAAACCACCAGGAAAAAGAAAGCCACGACCGAAUACGCGUUUGGAUUCCCAAUUACCCAGGAACAGGAGGAGAGCGAAGGAGACUUCCUGAAGGACUCUGACAAGAACCUGGCACAAAAGUUUAAAGUCUAUGACACGUGUCUGAAGGAUGUGCAAAACAUCCUCAUGUAUUGGGACCGCAAGCAAGGGAUGAUGGUACCUCACACUGGCCCAGAUGAGAUCCCACACGAGGUUGACGACCAGCGCCAGGCGCCUUCAGGGGGCGGGGGGCGCAAGGGCCGCAAGGACCGGGAGAGGGAGCGCUUGGAGAAGGAGAGGGCUGAGAAGGAGCGCCUGGAAAGGGAGAAGGCUGAGAGGGAGCGCCUGGAGAAGCUGCGGGCCAUGGAGGAGAGAAGCGAUGGGGAAGGGGAAGGAGAAGAGGAGCAUGAGGGAAAGAAGGAUCUCGGGGUGCCCUUUAUCAACAUCCAGACUCCGGACUUUGAAGGCAUAAGCUGGAAGCAAGCCCUGGAGAGUGACAAGCUUCCCAAAGGAGAUCAGAUCCUGAACAUCCUAGGCCUGGGAUCCUCAGGACCACCCAUCCCUCCUCCAGUCUUGUUCUCCAUCAUCUCUUACCCAGCGAAGCGGCAGUCUUUGGUCGCCACUGAGAUCCUGAAGCAUUUUGUGUUUGUGAUUCCACCAAAUGAUGACCUCCCCCUGUCGGAUGAGAAAAAAGACAUGGAAGGAGACUCAGAUCUCUUCCUCAACACCAUCGUCACCAAGGCUCAGGAGGAACAGCCCUCCCCACCUGCUAAGGGAAGCAAGCAGAAAUCGAAAGACAAAACAGAACAAGCUCGCGAAACUCAGAAGGAUAAACGUCGCACGUAUUCCGGCAGGAAAGGCCUCUCUGGCGGGGCAUCAGGGAACCUUGCUCCGAUGUCUGACAUAGACCAAAACAACUUCGAUGGAGAACACUCCCAGGAGAAGUUCAUCAGGCUGAAUCACUUCCGGUGGAUUGUGCCUCCAAAUGGAGAGGUAACCUUGAGAAUGCACUUCUCCUCUUUCGACGUUGGAAACUAUGACCAAACAUUUAAUUUUGAGCUCCUUGGGACCCGCCGUCAAUACCAGCUCUACUGCCGUGGGGUGUGCACCUACCCAUACAUCUGCAAAGACCCAAAAAUUGUGUACCCUCAGAGGAAGAAGGACAUGAAGUUAAAGGAAGUCGUCGUUAAGAAGUAUGUAGUGAGCAUGGAUAAGUUUUACUUUGGCCCACUGCUCUGUGGCAAGUCAAGAGACAAGUAUAAGUCAUCCUUGUACCCUGACAACAUGGAGACACUGACAAUCCUGAAUGAUUCCCCAAUGGUGGUAGAGGCAUACUUCUGUUUCCAGCACGACGUAAAAGCGAGCACCUACUUUCUAGAGCCCGUCAACAUGACUCUGAAACCCAAUGAAAAGCAGAUCCUAAAUGUAUGGGCCUACCCUACUGCAGUCGGUGUCUUUGAAGACAGCAUUGUCUGCUGCAUCAAGGAGAACCCAGAGCCAGCCAUCUUUAAGAUAUGCUGCCAAGGAAUCCGCCCAGAAAUUGAAGUGGAGCCCAGGCAGUUACAUUUUGACCGGCUCUUGCUUCAUAGAAAAGAAUCCAAGUCACUAGUUCUCCGUAAUGUCACGUCUCUUCCUGUGGCCUGGAGGAUCUCCAGCCUGGAACACCUAGGGGAGGACUUCACUGUAUCCAUGAUGCAGGGCACUAUGCUGCCUAAGGGAGAGUUUGGGCUACAAGUGCACUUCCAGCCCUCCAAACCUGUCAACAUCAAGAAGGCCAUUCGGAUUGAGGUUUUAGAUGCAGAGAAUCUUGUGGGUGUCGUUCAGAUCGAAAACAUCUUGAUCUUUGCAGAAUCCUAUGAUAUCGCUUUGGACAUCACCUUCCCCAAAGGAACUGAAGGAGGUCUGGACUUUGGGACUCUGAGGGUCCUGGAGGAAGUAAAGCAGCCCCUUCAACUGAAGAACCGUGGAAAAUACGAGAUCAUAUUCAGUUUCACUGUGGACUCCGUAGGCAUUUUGCCAACAAACUUAAGUUCCAUGAUCUGGAUCCAACCCAAAAGGGGGACACUGGCCUCAAUAGAUAAGCCCACGACCGUGCAAGUGUUCUUCCGAGCAAGAAAGGAAGUGAAGGUCGAGUCCCAGCCCAUCCUGCGCUGCCAGAUUAUUGAGCCAGCUCUCUCAGAAGGUGAGAUCAUUGCCAGCAUCCCUAUCAAGUUUUCUGUGAAUGCGGUGUACUCCAAAUUCACCAUCAGCCCCUCCUCCAUCAUCAAUUUUGGGGCUUUGAUCUGCGGUACAAGGAAAAGCAUCACCUUCACUAUAGAAAACCAAGGCAUAAUCGACUUCAAAUAUGCCCUCUACAGGCUGACUGGGGAGAGUCCAAUUCUCCAAAAGAAAGCGACCAGCCACAUGAGGCAUGGGAGAACCCGAGAAAGUGAGAGCUUCUACAAGCCCGGAGCCCCUAAAAUGGCCAAGUUCUCGGACAUAGUCCAGAAAGACAUGAACAUAGCAAACCAGGCCCGCUUCACCCAUGGCAUGUUCACUGUAUACCCGGGAUUUGGCUCCGUUUCUUCCGGAGGACAACAGGUCAUCACUGUGGAGUGUGUGGCCGAUCCUGUGGGGAGGUGUGAGGAGUUUCUGGCCAUCGAUAUCUCUGACCGAGACCCUAGAGAAAACCCUGCCGGCAUCCCUUACACUCUGCUUGCCGAAGCUUGUCUACCAGCCUUUGUGACCGACAACAACAUCUUGAUAUUUGAAGAACAUCAGAUCUGUACCAGCCCCAACCUGUACCACAUCCAACAGACCAUACAGAGUGGGGGGCUAUUCGUGGAGGAUGAGAACAAGUUCAUCUUCUGCAAUGUCCUGGUGGGUCAUAAGGCCAAGGCUCGGUUCAAGAUCAGCAACGUGGGAAAGAUCUCCUGUGAUGUCAACAUUAUCGUCAGGCCCAUCUCCAACAAGGUAGUCAACCGCAUCAUUGACAUCUUUGACGUGGAUCCCAACAAGAUGUGCAUUGGGAGCCGCUCACAUGCCUUCGCCACAGUGUUGUUCACACCACAGGCCAUGCAGACCUACCAGUGCAUCUUCGAGGCCACCUUGGAUGGCCUUCCCAGCACCCUGGCAAGGAGCCGAGGUCUUGUGUUUGAUAUUAUUGGUGAGGGGACCCUCCCUCGAGUGACUGUCAUCCGGCCAACUCUCUAUAACCAACACGGAAACCCCUUGCUCCUGUUUAAGAGGCUUCUGCUUGGUCAUUCAGAGAAACUGCCUCUCAUCCUCAAGAACAACGGCACCAUCCCCGCCCAGCUUCAUGUAGACCUGCGAGACCAACUAGGAGUCUUCUCUCUGAAAGGGAGACCCACCACCUCCUAUAUCUACAUCAUGGAGGAAAACAAACCGAAUGAAAAAGUUAAAAAAGCCCACACAGCCUCCCUGGUGGUUUCUCCUGGAGACACAGCCGAAUUCGAUGUCUUUUUCCACUCCAAUAAGAUUGGGAGAAUGACAGGCACCAUCCACUUAACAGUGAUCAACAACCAGUAUGAGGAGACCAUGAUCCACCUGGUUGGAGAAAGCUAUGAAGAUGACAUCACCUUGGACAACAUCCAUGGGCUGAUCAAUACCACUAGCCAGGAGACCUCGGAGAUGUCUGAGGUCAUAGAGAUUGCAGAGGAGAGCGCCAUGGAGGACUUAGUGACAGCCGCCCUGCUGGAUCACAUCCAGUUUGGGUACUGUCACAUCGGAAUCAGCUACAAUGUGAGCUUCACCAUCACCAAUCACAGCCAAGCGAAUGUGAUUCGCUUUGAGUGGCCCCUUUUAGCAACACUGUCUUUCUCCCCACAGAUAGGGCAUCUCCACCCUGGCUGUUCCAAGGACGUAGUGGUGACCUUGAAGUCAGAGUCGCCCAUCACCCUGAAGAAGAUGUGUGUGAAGUGCAAGCUUUCCAAGAUCAUGUUUCAGCUCCCUGUAGACCAGGUCCCCGACUGGGAUGACCGCAUGCGCACAGUCAAGUGGGUGGAUGCUCCCCGAAAUACACCUGGGAACCUGACUACAAAACGAAAGGUCAUAGAGACGGACCCCGAGCCAGCCCACUCGGUGGUAGAAGAAAAUUACCGAGAGUUGCGGAUCCAGUUCAGUGCCAACGUGGAUUUUGCUUCCUAUAAGUGUGAAACGAGUGAAGUGUUCUUUAAGGAAACACUGGUUUACCAGACCCGAGUAUUUGAGUUUGACCUUGUUAACACAGGACAGGUGCUGUUAGAAUUCUGCUGGAUCUCAGAAGAAGUCUCCAAGAUAGUCAGUUUCGCCAUGCCAGAGAAUCCAGGUUCCAGUCAAAAAGAUCAGCUAAGUCAGGGGACGGGCAGCUCCCUAGACAGUGCCCUGGACCACUGGACUGAAGCCUCUCCAUCACCCUUCUCGGUGGAACCCUCCUCGGGCUUUGUGCCUGUAGGCAAGACUCAGAAGCUCAAACUGAAGUUCUCCCCAAUGGACAUUGGAGAGUUCGAGAGCUCCCUGUACUGCCAAAUUCCCAACCUGCCACUCGGAGAACAAGGCCCUCUUCUGAUAACGAAAGGGCGGAGCGUCCUUCCAUUCUGCCAUUUCGACCUGAAGGAAUCAGACUACAUCAGUGGUCAUCGGCGCAACCCAGAGCUCCGAGGACCAGGUUCUGGGCCUCUCGAACCUAACACCCGAGUGAUCGAGUUCACCAGCGUGGGCAUAGGCGGAAAGAAUCUCAGGACCUUCACGAUUCUGAACCCAACCAACAGCACUUACUCUUUCUGCUGGACCUCUGAAGAGACAGAGAGUCUCCAGAAUCCUCCGGCCUUCGUGUGUCUCACAGAGAAGGGUAUUAUCCACCCCGAGAAGAAAGCUGAGAUUAUAUUCCAGUUCCUGCCGGCUCACCUGGACAUCACGGAAGCAUUCUGGACUUUCUCUAUCCCAGAGCACAAUAUCUCAGUGCCCUUCCUGCUGGUGGGCAAGACCACAGACCCCCUCAUCUCUCUUGACAAAUCACACCUCAACUUCAGCUCUCUCCUCAUAGGCAGAGAAGCCCGAGAGACGGUAAAGAUCAUCAACAAGGAGGAGCAAGGAUUCAAUUUCGCCUUCCAGGACAGCUCCCGCUAUUCUGAAGGAUUCAACAACAGCCUCAUCGUCUGUCCCAUGGAAGGCUGGAUCCCACCACUGUCCAGGUUCCCAGUUGAUAUCUUCUUCACACCAAAGCAAGAAGGAGAUGUGAACUUUAAUUUGAUCUGCAACAUAAAAAAGAAAGCUCACCCUCUGACACUCAACGUCAAGGCGGAGGGCUACACUAUGAACGCUGAGGUCAAGUGCAGAGACCGGAUGGGCUCCACCACCCUCCUAACGUCCACCCAGGUCAACACCAUCAACUUCUACGAGGUGGAGUUGAAUGAGUGCGUUCAGUGUGAAUUCAAUUUCAUCAACACUGGCAAGUUCAAUUUCAGCUACCAGGCAGAGCUCUCUGGGCCCAAAUUCCUGUUGCAGUAUUUGGACUUCACGCCCACCGACAAUAGUGUAGAUGUGGGUCAGUCAGAACCAGCCAGCCUGUCUUUCCAACCGUAUCAGAAGUGUGUCUUGAAGGGCCUGGAACUCAAAAUCAAGAUCAGCCAUGGCCCAACAUUCAUAUGCAACGUCGUAGGCUGUGCUGUGAGCCCAGCUGUCCAUUUCUCCUUCACCAGCCACAACUUUGGGACUUGCUUCAUCUACCAAGCUGGGAUGCCCCCAUACAAACAAAACCUCGUCGUCACCAACAGGGAAGAAACAUCUAUGAGCCUAGAUUGUUUAUACACCAACACCCCACACGUCGAGGUGAACUUCAGUGUGGAUGUGAUAAAGCCAGGGAAGACACUGGAGAUCCCAAUCACCUUUUACCCCCGGGAAGCUAUCAACUACCGAGAACUCAUCCCCUUUGAAAUCAAUGGGCUCUCUCAACAGACAGUGGAGAUCAAAGGGAAAGGCACAGAAAUGAAGCUUUUAGUCCUAGAUCCAGCCAACAGGAUUGUAAAGUUGGGAGCUGUCCUGCCAGGGCAGGUCGUAAAGAAAACAGUUUCCCUCGUCAACAAUAGCCUUGCCCAGCUCACCUUUAAUCACUCAAUCAUGUUCUCCAUUCCAGAGCUCCAGGAAGCCAAGGUCAUCACCGUGGAGCCCUUCCACAGUAUCACCAUGAAGCCUAAGGAAGUCUGUAAACUAGAGAUUACCUUUGCCCCCAAGAAGCGAGUCCCUCCUUUCUCUGAGGAAGUCUUCAUGGAAUGGAUGGGGCUACUGCGUCCCCUCUUCCUCCUCAGUGGCUGUUGUCAGGCCCUGGAGAUUUCCCUGGACCAAGAACAUCUUCCCUUCGGUCCUGUUGUGUAUCAGACACAAGCCACACGGCGCAUUCUCAUGAUGAACACAGGCGAUGUGGGUGCAAGGUUUAAAUGGGAUGUCAAGAAGCUCAAGCCCCACUUCACCAUUAGCCCUGAAGAAGGUUACAUCACCUCAGGCACAGAGAUUGCUCUAGAAGUAACCUACCACCCCACCGAGAUAGGGAAGGAGAGUCUCUAUAAAAACAUUCUCUGCUUCAUCCAAGGAGGAAGUCCUCUGUGCCUCACCCUGUCUGGAAUCUGCGUGGGACCACCUGUAGUAAAAGAGGUGGUGAAUUUCAACUGCCAAGUGCGCUCCAGGCACACACAGACUAUCCUGCUCUCAAACCGUUCCAACCAGACCUGGAACCUGCACCCCAUCUUUGAGGGUGAGCACUGGGAGGGGCCUGAGUUCAUCACCUUGGAGGCCCAUCAGCAAAACAAGCCCUACGAGAUCACCUACAAGCCCCGAACCAUGAACCUGGAGAACCGCAAGCACCAGGGCACUCUAUUUUUCCCACUCCCGGAUGGGACUGGCUGGCUAUAUGCCCUGCAUGGGACUGCCGAACUCCCCAAAGCUGUUGCCAAUAUCUACCGUGAGGUUCCAUGUAAGACUCCCUAUACUGAGCUCCUGCCCAUCAGCAACUGGCUGAACAAGCCCCAGAGAUUCCGAGUCAUUGUGGAAAUAUUGAAACCAGAGAAGCCAGACCUAAGUGUCACUCUGAAGGGCCUUGACUACAUUGAUGUUCUGUCUGGCUCCAAGAAAGACUACAAGCUGAACUUCUUUGCCUACAAGGAGGGACUGUACACGGCAAAGGUGAUCUUCCGGAACGAGGUGACCAACGAGUUCUUGUACUACACUGUGAGUUUCAGGGUCACCCCUUCUGGCAUCAUAAAAUCCAUCCAGAUGACAAGCCCAGUCCGCCAGAGCGUAUCAGCCUCCAUCAAGUUGGAGAACCCCCUGCCUUAUUCGGUGACCUUCUCAACAGAGUGCAAGUUGAAUGACAUCAGCCUGCCUUCCCAGUUUGCUGUACCUCCAAACUCUGAGGGAACGUUCUCGUUUGAAUUCCAGCCCUUGAAAGCUGGAGAAAUCUGCGGGAGACUGACCUUGCACAAUGGUGACUUGGGCUACUACCAGUAUGAGCUCCUGCUGAAGGCCUUGCCUGCACCCCCUGAGAAACCUGUCCACUUCCAGACCGUUCUUGGCAGCAGCCAAAGCAUCUUAGCGAAGUUCACCAAUUAUACCCGGCUGAAGACUGAGUACUACUGCAAGACUGACUGUUCUGACUUCCACACAGAAAAAAUUAUUAAUGCAGCCCCAGGAGCCCAGGGUGGCACUGAAGUCAGCGUGGAAGUCAUCUUUGAGCCCAGCCAUCUGGGUGAGACCAAAGGCAUCCUGUGCCUGUCGUCACUCAUAGGUGGGGAAUAUAUCAUCCCACUCUUUGGAAUUGCUCUGCCCCCCAAGCCCCAAGGCCCCUUCCUGAUCAGAGCUGGAUACAACAUCAUCAUCCCCUUCAAGAACAUCUUCUUGCAUGCAACAAACUUCUCCUUCAUUGUGGAGAACCCAGCCUUCACCAUCCGGGCUGCAGAAUCUGUGCGGCCCAAGAAGAUCAACAACAUCACAGUCUAUUUUGAGGGGAACCCGUCAGGCAGUAAAACCCCUAUCACCACUAAGCUGAUUGUCACCUGCCCUCAGUGUGAAGGCACUGAAUCUGGAAUCAAAUGGGUUUAUUAUCUGAAGGGGAUCACACCUUAAGUUACAACUGCAUCAACUGGCAGCUGUCCUCUCAGACUAUAAGCCAUGCCUCGUGCUGUCCCAACAAAGAAUAGAGAAGAAAAGGAGAAUUUUCCAGGGACUUUAUUGUAUGUGUUUAAUUGUAGGAGAAGUGAUUUUAUAUUAUAUUUUACAAAUACAGAUGUGAAAUUUAUGCUCCACAUUAAAAUUUAUAGUGACACACAA